AUGGGAGUGGAACAAGAGAUGGAGGAGGAGAAAGAAGAAACAUCCAACCGAAUCCAAAAGCAAAAGCAAAAGCAAAAGCUAGACCAAAACAACCACCCUUCAAAUUCUCUCCUCCUCCCAAUCAAGGAAGAGAGUGGAGGAGUGAGAUCAAAGGGGUUUGGAGGGGGAGACAGAGUGAAGAGAGAUGAGUGGAGUGAAGGGGCAGUGUCAACCCUUCUAGAGGCCUACGAGGCCAAAUGGGUGCUCAGAAACAGAGCCAAACUCAAGGGCCAUGACUGGGAUGACGUCGCGCGGCACGUGUCCGCACGUGCCAACUGCACCAAGUUACCCAAAACCUCCACGCAGUGCAAGAACAAGGUCGAGUCCAUGAAGAAGAGGUACCGAUCAGAAUCUGCAACCUCAGAUCAUGCCUCCUCAUGGCCUCUCUAUUCGCGCCUCGAUCUUCUUCUCAGGGGAACAGGCCCGCUUCUCUCCUCCCCGCCCCUCCCGGCGGUGCUCACGGCGGAGCCCUCGCAGAUGGAACCGCCCCUACAGUCGCCUCCUCCGGCGCCACCGUCGUCAGGGCCACUUGCAAUUGCGCAGAACUCGCAUGGAUCGAAUGGGGUUGAUGACAUUGACAAGCUCGUUAAGGAAGAUGGGUUAGGAAGAAAGUCAUAUGAGAAUGUAUCAAGCAAGAAUCCCGUGGACACAGAUAGCAGCACCCCUGCACUUUACUGCAAGGAGGAGUUGAGAAGUAAGAAGAGGAAGAAGAACAUAAAUGACAGCACAGGGAGAAGGAGGAAAGAGUAUAUGGAGAUAGCAGAAAGCUUGAGAUGGCUUGCAGAAGCCAUGAUUAGGUCAGAGGAAGCAAGAAUGGAGGCAGUGAAGGAGAUUGAGAGGAUGAGAGUUGAAGCUGAGGCCAAGAGAGGGGAGAUGGAGCUGAAGAGAACUGAAAUAAUUGCCAACACACAGUUAGAGAUUGCUAGGAUCUUUGCUUCUGUCAACAAAGGUGCUGUUGAUUCAUCUCUAAGAAUUGGAAGAAGCUAA